AUGCAGAGACACCUGGGUGAAUCCACUGUCACAAUCUCUGACCAGGAGACAAAACCUUCAACUGAGGAUUUAGGUGAUAAGAAAGAAGGAGAAUACAUCAAACUCAAUGUAAAUUAAAUUAAAUAAUGUAUCCUCAUUAUUGGUCAGGAUAGCAGUGAUACACAUUUCAAAGUGAAAAUGACAACACAUCUCAAGAAACUUAAAGUGUCGUACUGUCAAAGACAGGGAGUUCCAAUGAAUUCACUCAGGUUUCUCUUUGAAGGUCAGAGAAUUGCUGAUAAUCAUACUCUGAAAGAACUGGGAAUGGGGGAAGAAGAUGUGAUUGAAGUUUAUCAGGAACAAAUGGGGGGGUCACUCAACGAAAUUUCAUAUGUGCAGAGAGAGGUCACCCUUUUCAGGACUGUGCAUUUUCAGGUUUGUGAUGAUAAGAAGAUUGACCAAUGGGAGCUUUCCUAUGACAUAUCAAUUGGCCCUCAAGUUCCAGCAUGUGGUUGCUUCCCUCCUGGACUGUGA